GCGCCUGAAAGUUUCUUUCCUUGGCCAACGGGAAGGGCAGGGGCGCGCUCAGUCGCACAAAGGGAGCGAAAGGGAGGCGCCUUCCCGCAAAAGCGCUCGCUGCUGGGAAGAGUCUACACAAGGACGAGGCUCGACGGCUGUCAGGCGAGACAGCCCUGAGUCGCGAACCAAUUUCUCCAAACUAGACACGGCUCCUUUGGCUUAUGGCUGAAGCUAGCUUAAUCUUUCUCUCGCUCGCUCUCUGACUGGCGAAAAGCCCGUUCUUUCUGAGCUAUAAUAUCGCCCCCCCACCCCACCCCCGUCCGGUAGGUACAAAGCUCCCUCCCGCGUCCACUGGCGAACGAACGUGGCCUCUUGCAUUUGAUGGCGACUGGGUGAAAUCACAUCGAGCGGAGAGAAAAAAAAAAAAAAACUUUUCCGGGACGAGGGCGAGAGCGACCGCUCGGCCUUGCCUUCUUCCAACCCUGCCCCGUUUAAGUCCCCUAAGCGGGCCUUGGUCCGUUAAGUGAACCGAGGCCGGGAGAGGUUUGGCUACGCAAGAGCUGCACCUGCCGGAGCGCUUUCCUCCGGCCGGAUCGCGAGCCCCGUCCGCUUCGGCUCGCUGCGCGUGUCUCUUCCUCCAAUAGAGGGGGCGACUGAAACGCGUCGAGAACGCCGGCGGCGCUACAAAAAAAAAAAAAAAAAAAAGGCUUUGCAUCCGAGGCUUCGGUGGGGCCAGCCGCCUUUCUCCGAGGAUCGAGCUGGGACCAAGCUCAAUAGGCGCAGACCCUGAACGGCUGCAGGUCUGGGGAGGUGCAAAGUCCCCCUAAAAGAAGGGAGGGUCCAAUUGGGCUAACCCGGAGUCGCCCGCAGAGGUUAUGUUGACUUGGAGGCAACUGUAAAGGAGACAGGCGGCGGAUUGUCGGACGGCAGCGGGACUGGGAAGCCAACGUCUGGAUCGCUGUUCCUUUUUUUUUUUUUUCCCCUCCUCCUCCUCCGCUUUCUUGGAGUUCCUGCUGGGGGAGACAUUGCCGUCCCCCUCCCUCGAAAAAAAAAAAGACUGGCUCUGGAUUGCGCUCACGCGCUUGAAGUGUGAAGGGCUCACUCUCGUUCUCUCUCGCUUUGAUUGAGAAAUCGACUCUUCUGUUUUCCGGGAUCCUGGGAUGUAAGCUCCUCCGGGUGAGAAAUCUUCGCCUUUCGCCUCGCCUCCCCCUCCUUUUGCAGAGCAGCUGCUCUUGCUUUUGCUCCCGGAGGACGGAAGAGAGAGGAGGGUAGGGUGGGGAUUUCUUUCUUUCUUUCUCCCCCCCCCCCCUUGUAAAUUCAAUGGAUAUGAACUUGGUGGCUUUGGAACCUCGCUGGUUUGGAAUAUCUGGGUGCUGAGAUCGCCUUCUGGAGCAACGGAAGCAAGUUCAUCGGGGAGAAGGAUUUGCCGAGGAGCAAGAUGCCUCUGGCCACCUUCUACUUCGUGUUGCCCUUAAUGGAAGUACUCUUCUCAGCUGAAGUGAGUGGGCUGCUUGGAGGAGACCAUCUGGAUUGUGUGAAAGCCAGCGACCAGUGUCUCAGGGAGCAGAGCUGCAGCACUAAAUACAGGACAUUGAGGCAGUGUGUAGCUGGCAAAGAGAGCAACUUCAGCCGGGCAGCAGGCCUGGAGGCAAAGGACGAGUGCAAAAGCGCCAUGGAAGCUCUCAAGCAGAAAUCCCUCUAUAAUUGCCGCUGCAAAAGAGGCAUGAAAAAGGAGAAAAACUGUCUGCGUAUUUACUGGAGCAUGUACCAAAGCUUACAGGGAAAUGAUUUGCUUGAAGAAUCACCUUACGAACCAGUGAACAGCAGGUUAACGGACAUAUUCAGGCUAGCACCAAUUGUAUCAGCGGAGCCUGUCAUUUCGAAAGGGAACAACUGUCUGGAUGCUGCAAAAGCCUGUAACCUGAAUGAUACCUGCAAGAAAUAUCGAUCGGCGUACAUAACACCCUGUACCUACAGCGUGUCUAAUGAAAUCUGCAACAAGCGGAAGUGUCACAAGGCCCUAAGGCAGUUUUUUGACAAAGUUCCCCCCAAGCAUAGUUAUGGAAUGCUCUUCUGUUCCUGCCGAGAUAUUGCAUGUACAGAAAGAAGGCGACAGACUAUUGUUCCUGCAUGUUCUUAUGAGGACAGGGAGAAACCAAACUGCCUGAAUUUACAAGAUACUUGCAAGACGAAUUACAUCUGCAGAUCUCGUCUUGCAGACUUUUUCACAAACUGCCAGCCUGAGUCACGGUCUGUUAGUAGCUGCCUGAAAGAAAACUAUGCUGACUGCCUCCUUGCUUACUCAGGACUUAUUGGCACAGUUAUGACACCGAAUUAUUUAAAUUAUAAUAAUCUCAGCGUUGCACCAUGGUGUGAUUGCAGCAGCAGUGGCAAUGACCUAGAAGAAUGUCUGAAAUUUCUUAAUUUCUUCCAGGAUAAUUCAUGCCUUAAAAAUGCAAUUCAGGCUUUUGGCAAUGGUACAGAUGUGAAUGUGUGGCAACCAUUCCUACCUGUCCAAACCACCACAGCUUUAACUACAACAGGAUACAGAUCAAAGACAUAUGACUCUGAGAAUGCCAACAAUGAAAUACCUACUAAUAAUGACUUGCCAGCAUGUGCCAACAUCAAGGGACCGAAGCAGAGUUUCAAUGAAUCUAUAAUAACGGAACCCUGUGUGACCGGGAUAUAUAUUGAGGAGGGGUGGACGUAUUCCUGCCAGAAUAGCUCUUCACCUUCAACCAUGAAUGCAAUUGGGAAGGAAAGUGUGGCAGGAGGCUCCACUAGUCACAUGUCUUCUGAUCAUUCGUCUUCUCUCCAUGUGAGUGUCAGGUCAAGCACGCUUCUUUUGCUGUUGGUGAUUGCAUUCUCAUUCUGUUGAUGCCCACGUUCAGAAGAAACCUUGUAUCUGCUUUAACAAAAGGACCCAUAAAAGGAAAGGAAAGGAAAGGAAAAGAAAAAAAAAAGAAAUUGAUCUGUCUAUCCUCUAUCCUCAUCUGUUGUUGAUCGAAAAUUACAGUUCUAGGAAUUAAGUUGAAAUGCUCUGCUAAAAAAUAUAGGUCUGGAUCAAUGGUGUUGUCAUUAUCAUCAUUAUUAUAUUGUUAUUGUUAUUUUCAAUUUUCAAGGAAAGGUACUUAGAAGCUUUACAUAUACUAGAUGCGAUACUCAACAUUCCAAACAGAGUAGUAUUUUGAACAGGCAGUGUUUAAAAAAAGACAAAUAAUUUGCAUGUAGGCCAGUCAAGUUUUAUUGUUUUCUCUCGUUUUUUCCUCUUGUUUUCACUUGGACUAAGAAGAAAUAAACCAGACUCCUAAAGUUUUGGUGUUUGUUUUUUUUUUUUUUUUUUUUGUAUUUGUUACGCAGGAAUUUUUCCUUUGCAAAACCCAUUAAAAUGAAUGUUACUCAGAUAGAAUCUGGGGACAAAUCGUAGUUUCCAAUAACUUGGAAACAUUACCAGAAUGGUUAAUAAUUUAAUGGUAUGUUUAUUCCUGAUAGAUUGGGACCCUAUUUAGAAAUGUUUAAAAUGUAUGUAUUGAAAGCCUAGAUACUGGACCACACUACAAAGAUUUUUUUAAUUGCUUCCUUUGUACAUAAGAGGUUGUAGAGCAGGCAACAAAACCCAACAAAAAUUGCCUAUUGUCAGAUUUUAAAUUGAAAAACAGUAAGUUAAACAUAUUUUGAGGUGAUUGUGGAUCAGGCUUUUGACAUGCUAUGAACGUCUUCCUGAAAGGUUUUUUUAUAUUUAACUUAUUCAUGUUUGGCUACCAGUAUUUUGCUGUUUUAGCAUUCUCUUCUAUGUUUGUAUAUGUAUGUAGUUUUGCAGUCUAAACUGAGAAGCCAUUGUAAAUCAUAGCAGUAUAAUACACAUAUUUUCUUCAAAACUUCUGCAGAAAUAUAAAAUAAUAUGAAACUUUCUAAUGCUAUUUUUAUUUUUGUGGUUAUGCUAAUUUAGCCUUAAUAAAAGGUAUUAAAAAACUACAUUGAGAAGAAGCAACUGUUGUGAAUAUUGCAGUAAUUCAAAAUUUGUUUAUCUUUCUGAGGAUAUAUUUUUAAAAAAUAGAAACUUGCUUUUGUUAAAAAAUUUCAACUUUCUGUAAUUAUAAAGUUUAGUCAUUUAACUGGUGAUUGAGUAAAAUAUAUUGAAUUUUGAUUAUUUAAAAAAAACGGCAUUAUUUACUAAUGUUUACUCUUAGAUAAAGAUACAGUAUAAUUGUUUGCUUUUAAUUUCUUGACCCAAUACAGAAAACCUUAAACACAGGUAGAAGGCUGUAACAUGUUUCCAUAUUUUCAGAGAUGCAUCCAAUAAAGAUGUGAACACAUAGCAUUCAACAGAUCAUAAUAGUUUCCUAUAUGUGAAGUUUCCUAGCCACUUAUUUUUGAACAUGCAAAUAUGUCAGCUUUGGUAAGCAUUUAAUCCUCUGAACAGGAGUACGUGCACAAAGAAUGAAAUUAAAAUUACAUUGCACUGGAACCAGAACAAUACUAUAGGUUGAAUCCGAUACACUUAUUGCUAAACCAAUUUUAAGAAUUGAUCAAAACUAUCUAAAAUCCCAAUAAUUCUCAUCCAGAUCUUUUCAACUUUCCUUGUGGGCACUAUACUCAUGCACACACAAACACAAAUUCUCCUCACCAAGUAUUAUUUCAUGUGGUAAAAUAAUUUCUGACUUGGUAUAGUUUUUUAAUAGGUACUAUUUAAUAUGUACUAUUUUCCAACAAAAAUGUAUGUGACUGUGGCAGUAUAUAAUUUUGUGUAUGCCAUGCUCAUGUAUGUAUUGGAAAAUGGGGCUUGUUGUUAUGGUUCUAGCUGAUAUUUGUUGAAGGCAUUCCAUAUUAUGUUAAAUCAUCUAAACUAUAUUUAAUACAAUGGCAUGGGUAGUGAUGGUAGUAGCCACUUUUUACAAUGCAAGGUAGUUUUUAAAAAAUUCCAUGGCCGUGAAGUUGAUGAAAAGGGUCUACAAUAAUUAUGAGAUUGAAAUGACACACAAGAAUCUUUCUAAAAGGAAGGAAAUUUCAUUUAAGCCUAGAGCUCUCAUGUUUAACACAAUCGAGAUGUUAUAUGAUGUUAGGUUCCUGCAAUUUGAAAGGCAAGGAUAGAAUAGACAUACUUCCAUUAUCUUGCACAAUGUAUGGUAGUAAAAUCUGAUGCCUUAGAUGCAAAAAUACAAUCAGGUUUAUCAGUGGUUUGCAUCUAAAUGAUGUAAUUUGAAUUGUACAAUUCUGUGCAGUUACAAUCAAGUAUACAAUUUUUUAAAAAAUUUAAAUUGGUGAGAAAUGGGAUGCAAGAUCUGAAUCGCUAUUGUUUACUUUAAAGAGUUCUAUUUGAAAUAGCACUUUUGAUCCAAUUAUUUUGAGCUUUGGUCUUGUUCCUGAUUGGUCUGUCAAAAAUAAAAGGAUUUAUUCAAGGAAGGAAGGAAGGAAGGAAGGAAGGAAGGAAGGAAGGAAGGAAGGAAGGAAGGAAGGAAGGAAGCCACUGGAAAUAUAAUUGCAGCUCAUAUGUAGAAAGGUAUUGACUGAUAUAAAGGUUCAACUAUGAUAAUUAUCAUCCUGAAUACAGCUAGUCUCAGUUUUCUUCUAGGUAAUUCAAAUUGAAGGCUAUUGAAUUCUUACGUUUUAAUUGACCUCGAUUUUAAAAGCAUCAAAAAAUUCCUAAGUAGUUGUUUCACUAAUAAAUCCCUGCAUAUUAAAAUCAAAUAUAGGAGUUGGUGGGUAUCAGGCAGCAUAUGAAUUUAAUUAUUAUUAUUAUUUUUCAGAAACAAUGUCUGUUAUGUCAAACCCAAUAAGGAUAUAUUAUUUCUAUUUUCUUCAGUAAUAAGGUUUAGCAGUUUUUUAUAUAUUUUCUAUACAUCUACUCAUACGUAUCAUUAAAUAAAUGGAGCUUAUUCUCAUGUACAUGGAAGUAGGAUUGCAUCUUAAAUUGCUAGUAAAACAAGCAAGCAGAAAAAAAGAUUAGGUUUUAAGCUAUUAUCUCUGGAUAAAUGCAGAAGUUUUUAUAAAAAAAACAAUAAGUAUGGCAUUGACAAUGUCACUUUAGAGCAUUGACUUUGUCAACACAGUACACUAGUUUGAAGUAAGUUGUGUUUCUGUUGUUUCUUUGCCCAUUUCUGCUUACUCCAAUUGCAUACUAAGUGCUAGGUAGUCCAAAUAUUUUUUUCCCUUGAGUUCUCAUAGUGCAACAUGAAUUUUCCAGAUCUUGAGUUAUUGUGAAGUUUAGGAUAUCUCAGAAAUCUCCUCUUUCAUGACAAAAUCUCAUUUUGUGGAAGGGAAAGGCAACAGCAGAUUCCUCACUUUAAACAUAUAAAAAGCUCUACAUCUUAAAAGAUCUUCGUUAUUUUUUCAGCCAGUUAUGAAAUAGAAUACAUCAUAUUCACCCAAAAAUUUGAAAUAUAUUCCUUUACUUUAGAAUGUCUUACAUCUUAUCUAUUUUCUAUUAACUGUUCUGAAUAUAUUUUUAGGGCAAGCAAUUUUAAACAACUUAGUAUGUAGAUCACGAGUGUCAAACUCAAUUGCGUAAUGUUACGUAUCAUGACUUUUUUGCCUUUGCAGAGCCAGGGUGGGCAUGACCUGUGCAUGACGCAUCCAGCCCAUGGGCCACCAGUUUGGCCAUCCUGCUGUAGAUGCUCAGGGACCUGGUAUGUUUUUUUUUUCCUGAGAUCAGGUAGGGAAUUCAGAAAAGUGUACAGUUACUGUAAAUUUUUUCAGGACUGCUCUGUGUACGCCUAUCCAUGCUGCAUUUAUGUUUUGCCCUUCAGAAUUGGUUUUCUGCACAAUCUUAUUAGUUAGUUUCUGAUAAGACUGGAGUCUAGCUUUCAGCAAUCAUUAUCUGCUCUCUUGCAUUAUGCAUUUCUCAGAUUCCAAGCAACAUAUUCCAGCCCUCCAUUUUCUAUAACAUCACCUCAAAUAAAUUUGCUUGUGAUGAACUUGGCAGAAAAUUAAUCCAGCUGACUGUGAAGGAUUUCUCAUCUUUAAAUAUUUGCUUUCACUUACCAGCUUGCCUUCCUUCUAUGACAUUUCAAUUAGUGGUCAUUCAAAUACUUUCUGACUUCAGAAGGUCAUUUUUGUUUUGUUCUUAACUGGAUUUUGCCUGUUUAAAAUCACUAUUGUAUUUUUUCCCCUCUCAUUUCCUACAUAUUUAUUGGUUUUUAUGCAACAGAAAUUUAAUCUUGCUGUAACCUAUUAAAAUAUUAUUAAAGCUUCCUUUAUCAAGGCUGCUGCUUUGUUUGUCUGGAAAAAACAGUUAUUUACUGUUUUCCUUUAUCCCAGGUUGAUCACCUAAAAUCAAAGUCUAGGUUUAUAAUGAGAAAUACUUUGCAAUACUUAGAGUAGGUUUCUAUUAGAAUUCUAAAUAAAAUAUAAUAAUUAGAUCAACCUAGUCUAUGUUUCAGAAAAUGAUUGUCCAAUGGAAAAAGAAAAUAUAUGGAAGCACUUUUUUUCAUCAUUCAGAAUUUGUAGGUCUUUUAUAUCUUUUCUUUUUUAUUGCCAGAUACAAUUGGCAUCUUUGGAUUUUUGCCUGAUGUAAUCCUUCUUUUUAAAUUGAUUCAAAUGGGAGGAGAGAAGUAUUUUUUUUUUUUAAUUUUACAAAUCUCCUGUUCUUCCUUCCCAAAGAUUUUUUCUGACUAUAGCAGCUGAAGCCUCUAUCUUUUCUCUGCUGGAUGCCAAUAGGUAAGGUGGUUUUUUUUGUCAUGCAGCCAUUUAAAAUAAUAUAUUGCCUCAAAAUAGCAGCCAAAUUUCAAUUACAAAUGAGAUCUUUUUUCCUAUGCAGCUUUGCCUUAUUUUAAUGGCUUUAAGUAACUGCAUUACUCCUUUGUUAUUGCUUCCUAAUAUGUCAAAUGGAAUUUCCUAUGGCCUGAUGAAAAAUUGGGUCAUGUACUUAGAUAUGAUAGGUUUUCUUAAAACCCUUUUCACUCUGAAGGACAGCCUAAUUUGCCUUCUUGAUGAUGAUGGAUCUAUGUCUUAUCUUAAACUUCCACUGAAAAUCUUUAAUCAAGGUGAAUCCUGAAGAAGUAGUUUGAUGAUGAAGGAUAUCUAAAGCUUGUGGGUAUUUCUGUCUAUUAGGCUGACUUAUAAACAGAUCCGCCGGCAAUUAUUAUUGUCUGUCCAAUACGCCUGUUUUUAGCAAUGAUUGUGUUUAUGCCUGUAAUGAUGAAUUUCAGGAUUUUUCUUUAGCAAAGUGCAGGACUGUGAGGAAAAAAAUAUUGGUUCACAGGGACUGUGAUAAUGCUGCUGCUCAUAUUUCCAUCCAGUAGCAGUAAAUCAAAUGUUGGAGGAAAUGAUCUGUUUAAAAAACAUUGUGUGUUCAUAGAAUAUAUGGAAAGGGAGACUACAUAUCAGACAGAUGAUUGAAAGUGAAUGAAUAUAUCUCUGCAAAGCUAGAUCAUGAGAAGCAGUCAUUCUGAGUACUGUAAUUGGGGACAAUCUUCAUUGACACUCUUCAGUCACAUUCCAAUAGAUGUAUUUAGGACUGAAGACCCGGUAGAAUGCUAUGGUUGCAAUUUCACCUAAAUAUAUCUCAAAUUCUAGCUGAAUGCAGUUAGAAGGUAGGGCAUUCUCCUCCAUUUUAAAUUAGAAUUGGAAUCUAAUGUAUAAUUAGAUUCUCCUUAUUGAUGAAAUACAAGUAGUCCUCAGAUAAUAGAAACAGGCCAUUCGCUUGUAAUUGGAUUUUUCUGGAGUUUGGUUUGUGGACCCUUCACCCAUGCAAGCAUUCCUCUGUUCUAUUCUGUAUGCUCAAACAUGGCAGCCACCAUUUUUCAUUUACCUAAGCCACAGGUUACAUAACUUAGGACUGCUUAUAGUGAAUUUUCUAUAUCAGGAGAAGAUUAAACUACAAUAGAAGCAUCUUCUCAUUCUUCCUUGUCUGUCCAUGCUAUGAGUUUCCUAUGGCACCUGAUGGAUUAAAGAGACACUUGACCUAACGCAGCAAGCACUUACAUUGUAUACUUCUAAGACGAUUCUCUUGGACUUUUUCCUUUUAACAAUUCCAAUAUCCAAACGAUUCAUACAUUUCAAACAUGGUGACUAAUCAAAAAGCCACGAAAACCAACAGAUCAAAUGUAUUUCUGCACUAAAUGUAGAUGCAUGAAAGGGAGAGUAGUAGGGGAAAAUUGUAUCUAGUGUACAAAUAGUAACGUCUUUCAGCUUUGACUAAUUUUCUAUGUGUGUAGUGGAAAUCAGAUGGUUCUGAUUCUAAUGAUGUUUUCAGACAAAAGCUUGCAGUGCUGCCAAAUAGUCUCAUCCAACUAUUUCCCUAUUUUAAUGCUUUUUUGUGCUAAACAAAAAGUGGUGAUGUAUUCAAAAACAUGAGUAGGUUGUUAAACAUGCAGAGCUCUGAUGUCUUAGUAAAAUUUCAUGGGCAAGCACAGCCAUCCAAAAUAUAUAUUUUUUGGAAAUACCUUUGAUGCUCUUGUUCCAAAAAUUUAUCAGAAGUCUUCACCUAUUUUGUCUGUUGAAUGAAUGGCAUACAUAAAUUAUUUUAAUUAAAUAUGCAGGACUGUUUAUAUGUUCAGCCCAUAACACUCCCAAGAGUAGUGAGCAUCAAAGCAACAUUAAUGCAGAGAUCCAGAUUUAAGGAGUAAAAUAUGCUAGAGUAUGUAUGGAUACAUGUAUAGCAACUGUCAUGAGCACUUAAACCAAACAUGCAUUUUCGUGGGCUCACAUGGCAGCUGCAGGUAUUAUACCUCUAAAUUGUAUGAUAUUGUUUACAUCAUAUGUACAAAUAAUCCCACAGGAAACCUAAUUCAUCUGUAUAGAAUACUGCAUUAUUUAAGAGUAGAUUUGUUUACCAAUGAAGCUACAUUUUCAUAUAGGAUAUUGAAAUAACUGACUAUCCCCAUAUCAAAAAUAAUUGUCUAAAUGUUAUGCUUUGUCUAAGCUAUAUGUAAAAAGAAUGGCAAAAAUAAUAAAAUAUUCCAUUUCUAAACUACUCUUCA